AGAACGGUGAAGAGAGGCUCUUGUUGAAGAGACUCAAGAAAUUGGAGUUCCUAAAAUACGGCACGAUAAACGCCAUCGCAUUCUAUACAAGGUAUUCUGGACAAUCAAUAUUUAUUGCGGAGAUCGUCGGAAGGAAGCGUUUUUUUCCAACAACCUGUGAUUAUGCUCAGCCCAAAAAUGCAAAAAUCUGUGAGAAUGAAUGAUUCGCAGCUCGCCAUGCUCGCGGAGAAAGCUCGUUACGAUCAGUCGUUAAGUGGAUAUUUACACAAAAGGAGCGCUGACUUGGCCAAGUGGCAAUUACGAUGGUUCGUUUUAUAUCAGAACUUGCUGUUCUAUUAUGAAAACGAAAGCUGUUCGAGGCCCAGCGGCGUUAUUUUGUUGGAGAGUAGCUACUGCGAUCGUGUUGUCACCGUCAAAAGCAAAGAGCCAGAUAAACAG